AUGAUAAGUGAAUACGAGAUAUGGAAGAAUUCAAAUUCAGAUUACAAGCAUAGCAACAAGUUGCAGGAGUUCACUUCGGUGCCUGAUGGAAUUGAGAAUAACAAAGGGACUAUUUAUGCAUCAAGUACAAGCCCAUCAAGCGUCCUCAAAGCAUAUUCCAAGCAAUAUAAAAGAGAUUUCGCGACUUUUCUCAAGUAUCGUGCAGAAGAAUUGGUGAAAGGUGGACGUAUGGUAUUAGCCAUGCCUGGUAAAGAAAAUGAGCAUCACUUAAGCAAUGUGUGUCGCUUUAUGUUGGAGCCUUUGGCCAUCGCGCUCAAAAACUUGGUUACAGAGGGAUCAAUAGAAGAAGAGAAAAUGGAUUCGUUCAACGUUCCAACGUACUCUCCAUCUCCCGCAGAAAUACAGUAUGUAGUUGAAAAGGAGGGAUCUUUCACUAUUGACCUUUUGAGAACUUUAGAACACCAGAUGGAUUCUAGUUGUGAAGGUUACAAUGAGGCACAGAGUGUAAGAGCUUUUGCUCAACCUUUACUUGUUAGGCAUUUUGGUGAUGAUAAUAAAUUGAUGGAUGUUGUGUUUAAUAAGUGUAGAGAAAUUUAUGGCAAUACUAUGGCCAAAGAGAAGAAUAUUUUCACAAAUGUUAUAGUCUCUUUGAUUAAGUCUUAAUAAAUCACUUGUCAUGU